UCACUUUCACAAUGGCAUCACCGGCCAAGAUUUCUUCUUCUCCGUCAUCGUGUAAAAUGAACUCUCAUCUGAAAAAAUCUGAACUCAACGAUCCUACGAGAAGGAGUUUCAGUGGAAACCCUUUUGCGAAGCCGUCCGUCAUCACGAAUCGCAGAGCAUUUAACCCGAGCACUCCGGCUAAUAGUCCUUCAGAUUUUCCUCGAAGACAUUCCACUAGCCGAGAAAGUGCAGCUUCUUUGCCUGAUCAUGGCAAGGAGAACGCUCGAGACUCGAAUCUGAAACCGACGAGCAUCAAAUCACCUGCUCUUUCCAAGGGUAAGAAGAAUUUCAUGUCGCCAACGAUCUCUGCUGCUUCUAAGAUCAACACAUCACCAAGAAAGCAAAUUUUAGUCGAGAGAAAUGAGCCAGUUCGAUCUUCUUUUUCAUUCUCCAAUGUAAAAAUCAUAGCCAUGGAAGAUAAUGAGUCAAAACCGGAGAUUGGUCCGAACCAGAAGAAGGAUUCGUUCUCUGAUGUUGAAAGCAUAAUCAUUGAAAGCCCUGAAUCAACCCCAGAUAUUAGUUUGAACCAGGUCUCAUUCUCUGAUGUUAAAAGUGCCAUUAUGGAAGACACCAAGCCGAAACCGGAGAUUGGUCCGAACCAGAAGAAGGUUUCGUUCUCUGAUGUUGAAAGCAUAAUCAUUGAAGGCACUGAAUCAACCCCAGAGAUUAGUUUGAACCAGAAGGUCUCAUUCUCUGAUGUUAAAAGUGUCGUUACAGAAGAUACCGAGUCAAAGCCGGAGAUUGGUCGGAACCAGAAGAAGGUUUCGUUCUCUGAUGUUGAAAGCAUAAUCAUUGAAGGCACUGAAUCAACCCCAGAGAUUAGUUUGAACCAGAAGGUCUCAUUCUCUGAUAACAAUUCAACUCUACCAAACUUGACUCAUGAUUCACAAAUUAGUCACCAUGAAAACAAGGAACCUUUGAAAAGCGACGAAGAUUUUGAUUAUAAGGAGACUGAGAAUGAUUCUGAUUCGGUACCAGAGACCGUUACAGAAGAAAAGGAUUCAGUUAAAGUGGAUCCGACCUUCAAGAUUAGUCCUAGAGAUCCAAUCUCACCUUCUUCUCCUGUUUCAGCCCCAUGUGGUCUGGAACCAUUGAUGGUUCCUUAUGACCCUAAAACCAACUACCUUUCUCCGAGGCCUCAGUUUCUUCAUUAUAGACCGAAUCCUCGAAUCGAGCUUUAUCGGGAAAGAGAAAGCAUGCAGUUCGAUGAACUCUUUGCAUCUGAAAGCUAUUCAGACACUGAUGCUACUGCAGAAACACCGACCGAAGGUUCACGAAGUGAUUCGGAGGAUAUUUCUUCAGGAGAAACAAUGGAAGAAGAAGAAGACGAGGAGGAGCUUCAUGUAUCUGAUCCAAACCCGAGUUUGAAGGCUAAAAGAAAGUCUAAGCCACGUUUUCCCACCGAACCAAAGUUCAUUACUUUGCUUCUGUUUCUGGGUUUUGCUUGCUUUUCAGUUCUAGUGGUUAAUUAUCCAGCCUUUACUCGUGGAAUAGAAGAAAUAAGCAACUAUCAGGUCCCGCAAGAAGUUUCAGAAUUUGCGAAAGCCAACUUCGGUCGUUUCACUCAGAAUCUACAGCACUGGUCAGCUAGCUUUUUGUCUUAUGUUUCAGACAUCGAUUCCGGUUCAAGAAAAGUGCACAAACUGGGUACCAUUCAGUAUGCUAAUUUGAGCCAGUUGAUGGAGGAUCAUAUAGUUGAGGGGCAACUAAUGUUUGACUCCAGUUCAUUGGAGCCGAUAUGGGAGAGAGAUGCUGGAACCGAACUACUUGAUGACAAGCACUAUCAAGAGAUUGAAGCAUAUGAGGUAGUAGAUGAAGAUGAUAAUGAACAAGAAGACGAGAGUGAAGCUUCUGAAACCCCAAAACUAGUUACGGAACAACCUGAUGCAGUGCAACAAGGGGUUGGGUCUGAAAUUAUUGAAUCGGAUCAUUUAGAGGUAGAAGAAAGCAAAGAAGCUGAAUUUGCUGGUCAGAUGGAAGCGGAACAUCAGAGCAAUGUUGAGAAUGAAAACCAGCAACGCGUAAUCACACCGCAGGCUACUGAAAUUCAACAUGAUAAACCUGAAACUGAUGACCCCGAGGGUGGCUUGAACAUCGUUGAAACGUUGUUCCCCGAAGAAGUGAAGUCUGAGGAUCUCAAAACUGAAGAUUCCAUCGAUGACUCUCAAAGUUCUGGAGAUGUAGAUAUUACAAUUAAUGGGCAGGCUACUGAAAUUCAACAUGAUAAACCCAAAACUGGUGACCCUGAGGGUGGCUUGAACAUCGUUGAAGCGUUUUUCCCCGAAGAAGUGAAGUCUGAGGAUCUCAAACUGAAGAUAACACCGACGAUUCUCAAAGUUCUGGAGCUGUAGAUAUUACAAUUAAUGGACAGGAAGAACAAUUUCUCUCAAAUAAUGUGAUGGGUUUUGCUUUACUUGUGUUGUGUCUAUUAGUAACUUCAGCUUUCAUCUACACAAAGAGAGGAAAGCCCUCCAUGCCAAAUGCUUCUGUUCUGUGUCAGAAAUCCGAAUACAGACCGGUUUUGGUUGACUCCAAGGAUACAAUCCUCGAAAAGGUAUCCUCCAGGAAUUGGCAGACAGAAGUAGAUAUGGCUGAUGAAUCAUGCCCAUCAGAAAUGAUGAGUAGCUAUGCAAAGACCUCAUCAUAUUACAGUAACAGACUCAAGGAAUCAAACGAGCCAUGCCGAUCGGAAAUGAGUAGCUCUGAGAGGACCUCGUCAUCUUACAGCAACAAGGGAGGCAAGGAAUCAAAUCAAUAUCAGAGCCAAGAAAGGAAAACUAGGAAGACCUACAGGAGAGAAUCUCUUGCUUCAUCAGAUUACUCUAUGGGUUCACCUUCCUACGGCAGUUUUACCACGUACGAGAAGAAACCUAGCAAGCACGGUGGAAGAGAUGACGAGAUAGUUACUCCGGUUCGACGUUCAAGCAGAAUCCGAAACCAGGUUACAUCUCCAUGAUGAUGAUUGAAAAAUUAUAUCUUAUGUUUGUAACAGUUGCACUGCUUUGCAAUUCUAGUGUGACUGCUCCACUGUCAUUAGAUGCUGACAUAGAUUAGAUUAGAGGUUAAUCGUACUGUGAACAAAUCUCAUUCUUCUUUAAUCAAAACCAAAUUAGGCUUUCA